AUGUUUUCUCCAAAUAAGUCCAGUAUUCGAGAGGCUAACGACCACCUUCAAGCGCUGUACCAAAGGAUUAGUGAACUUGAGAACACUGUCAAAGAGCAGGCUUCUGCUAUAAUGCAUCGAGAUGAGAUUAAUCAAGCUAAUGUCAAAGAAGCUGUAAGAAUAAAGGACCUCGAAAUAUCCGAGUUACACAGAACGGUGGCUGCCUCGGAAGCCCGGAUACAGAAAUUAGUGACCCAAAACAAGGAAAAAGACGCUGAGAUUGAGAGAUUAAAAUCUAAAACUCAGCUCUUAGAAGAUGCUUGUGAUAAUUUACCUGCCCUGGAGAGCUGUCUGUGGAGUCUGAAACAAGCAAAUGACCUUAUUAUUAGCACAGGAUCAGUUCGGAGUCGACAUGGGAGUGCGAGAUCACGGAGCGCCAGCGGACCGCUGAACCCAACGUCUGCCUUGUCCACCGGCCUGCAUAAUGACAAGGGUAUGGAGGUUUCUGCGAGUGGAGAUUCGGGGAGUUCGUCGACAUUCACCGGGAAUGGGCGUGGACCAGGCGGGACUUUCGUGAACUCUUACAGCGUAGCAGGGAAUAGAAGCUUCUCAAUAUCAGAUGUCGACGAUGAUGGAGAAUCGACAACUGUAUGA